UAUGGAUAUUGACUACAGAUGAAUAUUUCGAGACUGAGUGUUUCAAAUGAUGGUAGUUGUUGGGUUACUGAAGAAUCAUUCUUAUAUAGUUAAACAAAUCAUGAAGCUGACUAAAACUCAAAAAACAUUUCGGAUUUUAUGAAUUUAUAAGUUAUCAAGGUGCAACCUGUAAAAUACUGUGACAUCCGUUGGUUAUAUUAGAAAUAUCUGUACCUAAAUUUUGUUUUGAAUUUAUUAUGCGAUCAACAUUAUAAGAACUUAUUCUAUGCAUUUGCUGAUUUAAAUCAGUUUUAAAAAUAUUCAAAUUAACUCGAAGGAAGUAUAAACAUGAGUUCCGACAAAUGGAAGAGAGUUUUUACAGCUUUGAAUAUAUCUGGAGAGAAACCAGGCUCUCUGACUCAGCGAUCCAUGAAAAGACUCGGAUCUUCAAGCUCUAUUGAUAAAGCUAUGAAUAAAUGUAGAGAAAGUUUUGAAGCAGAGCAGGAGCAUUGGGAAAGAGAGAAACAAGAAUUAAAGACUAAGAUCACAGAACUUGAGGAGUUUAAAGAAAAAUACGAAAAUGAAAAAAGAGAGAAUGAGAUACUUAAAAAACGAUUACAAGAGCUCAUGGCGGGGCAGAGUGAUGCCACCAAAAACCUGAUGAAGACAAAUGAGGCCCUGGACAGACUUCAGAUUGAUAACAAGAAAAAGAUAGAACACAUAGAGAAGAUGCAGUCUGAUAUACGUUAUAAAGAUGAUAGAAUCAGAAAUUUAGAAAUCAGAGCUUCGGAAGUUGAAAAAGCUGAAUUAAUUCUGGAAACAACAAAACAAAAUCUAGAAUCUACCAUACAACAAGUGAGGGUGAGAGACAGUGAAAUAAAAAGAUUGAACAAGGAUAUAGAUGAUUGUAAUAGACAAUUAGAGACUGCAAACAGUCGUAUCAAAGAACUAGAAGACAAGAUGGAGGACAUGAAGAUUCAAGUUAGAUAUGAAAUCAUGAAAAAUGAAAAUAUAGAAAAGAAUUUAGAGACUAUUCCACGAUUAAAAGAUACGAUAAAGGAAAAAGAAGAGGAAAUACAAGACCACAAGAGGCAGAUAGAGGAGAAAAAUGCCUUACUUACUGCAGCAAGGAAAGGUGUACGUGAAUAUAAGGAUAAACUCAGGCACACAGAGCAAGAAAUAUCCCGUACAGAGGGAUUGAAGGAAGAGCUACAAUUAUCACAGUGUGAGGUUCAAUCCCUGAAACAGCUCAUGUACGGCAAGGAUUACCUUGUCACACAAAAAACUAAAGCUUUAGACUUAUCCAAGGAGAUUAUAGGUGUUUUAAAUGAUAAUUUAGACAAUGAUCAUAUACAACGGAUACAGCAUUUAAUUGACAGGCUCAGUGAUGGACGCCCUAGGACUAUAUCUGCCAGAUCUAGUGGUUCCACUCUAAGUUCUUCCAAAGAAAUGGAUUUUCGGUCAUCUUCAGCCCCACCUCCUAGACCACAAAGUUGUUACCCAAUCCCCACCCACAGGGAGCUUGAUGUCAAUAAUCAUCCAUAUGGUAUGGAGUCAGAUCACAAUGGAAACCAACAAAAUGGUUCCCAUGGUAACAGAUCUCAUUCAUGUAGCAACAAAAGAUUUCUAAACCAGACUAUAGAGAUGCCAGAUAAAAGAAAAAGGCCAGUUUCAGCUAUGCCUCAACCUGUGAAGAGAAACGCUUCUCAAGUUCACAGAACCACUUCCUACAAAGAGGCCCAUAAAGUUUACACAAAACCGCUUCCAAGAAAAACGCAAAGUUUCGAGGUGGAGUUAAUUCAAACACCUAGAAGCAGUACAACUUAUAAGUCAGAAAAACAAGGGAAUACAAAACUUAAACCCUCAUUAGACUAUAGUAUAGGAACGGAAAAAGAUAGCGAAAGAGACUGCAUAUCUCCUCGUGAUAAAUCGUGUCACGAGAAAGGACCAUUGCCUAGUGAUGCAGACUCAGUGUUUUCUUCCGAGUCGGAUUUCGAAGAGGAAAUGACAUCGGAACAGGAGUAUGAACUUAAAGGUUUCAGUUCCCGUGAAAAAGAUCAAGCUCUUGCGGAUAUUAUAAAUGUUGGUGAUAGAGUCCUUAUUAGUGUUCCACAGAAACCUCCCAGAUAUAGCAAAAGAAAAGCACCAAAACCUAUUAACUAUACAGGCAUUGUUAAAUUCAAGGGUAAAUUAAACCCAGAAAAAUAUGAUGCUCGCAUACAUGUUGGCGUGCGGAUGGAUGAACCUGUUGGAGAUACAGACGGCACAUACAAAGGGAAGCGACUGAUGUAUACACCUUCUGAUCAAGGGAAAUUUUUCAAACUAAGGGAGCUUACCUCUGUGCUCAAUGUUAAAACUGGGAGAUAUAUUCCUGUACAAAGGUUAAUUAUUCACUCACUACAUAAACGAAGUAGAUCGGAGUCCCAGGCUGACCCAUGAGUCCUCGAUAAGAGGUCAACUUUUCUGAUAUAGAGGACCACUCAUGUUAAUUUGACAAGAAGAAUAAAAUAGGGUUUCUUAUAGUGCUUUCAUUCACCUUGAAAUAGAGAUAACACCACAUGUUAGACUUACAUACUGAAAAUAAAUAUCAAAUACAUGUACAUGCAUUUAAAGUUUUAACACAAUCAUUAACAUUUAGGCUAUUCUUUUUAAAGGGACUCCACUGAGGUUUCUUAACAUGACAGGAUGGAAAAUAUUUUUUUGAGAUUAUUAUUCCAUUUGAUGAUUGUAUAGACCAAUUUCUUGUGUCCAAAGUUUCAAAUUAUUUGCUAACCCCGUUUUUCCAAAAUGGUUAUUCUAUUUGCGAAAAAUGACAUAAAACUUGAAAAGCAUGGCUCAAAAGUACGAUUUUCAGUUUUUCUUAAUUAUUUUUUGCAUGUCUUUCUCUUUUAAAUGCCAUAGCUGAUCUAUGUAAAAAUUUAAAGUUAUGUUUGUAGGUUUUUAGACUUCAGUUGAGUUCCUUUAAUGUAUAAAAAAUCAUUUCUUGAAGAAUGCUAUAUAUUACAAAAUUAAUACUGUUAUAUGAUGAUUAUUGUACUGAAUUAUCAAUAAUUAUUUAUUACCAAUUAACAACUUGUCUUUAUAGUUAAACCAGUGUGAAAGACUACCUCUAAAUUAAAGACCAUCUUGUAAAUAAAGACCACUCUUCAACAAACCUUUUUUAAUUGAAUAGAACAGAGCAACCUCUAAAAUAAUGAUCAUUUGCCUAUGAAGGCUAUGAUUGGUCCCUCGUUUGGAUGACCUUUGUUCACAGGUUUGACUGUAUUACCAAGUGAUCUUUAUAAUAGAACAGAACAAAAACAUUGUUUUUGUAAUUUACAUAAUGAUACACUAUAUCCUUAUAAUACACAUAUGGAAUAAGAUAACUUGCUUAGCACAUAUGAGGAUUUAAAAUGCAUUGGAGAAUAAUCAGUCAUGUGUAAUCAUUGUGAUCAACUCAAUGUUUCAUCUAUGGGACAGCAAAAUUUAUGGUUUAUUAUAAAGUGGUCAGUCAUUAGUCAAGAAAACUACCAGAAAUAUCUGAAAAUGGCAAAUAGACCAGAAUUCUUCACUUUGAUG